AUGGCUCCUGCUGCUGUGCAGCCUCCCGAGGUUCAGUUCGCGCAGCGGCUGGCCGCUAACGAGAAGCGCAUCCGGGACCGUGCCUUAAAGAAGCUGCGGGGGUACCUCAGCGUCCGGACCCAGCGCCCGGCCGGUGGCUUCAGCCAGGAAGAACUGCUAAAGAUAUGGAAAGGCCUGUUCUAUUGUGUGUGGAUGCAGGAUAAACCUCUGCUACAGGAGGAACUUGUAAAUAAUAUCUCACAGCUUAUCCACAUCAUCCAGAAUACAGAGACUCGACACCUGUUCAUUCAGACAUUCUGGCAGACUGUGAACCGUGAAUGGAAUGGGAUAGAUAAUCUGCGUCUUGAUAAGUUCUAUAUGCUAAUGCGUAUGGUUUUGAGGCAGUCCUUUGAAGUGCUGAAAAGAAGUGAGUGGGAUGAAAGAUUAAUUGAACCACUCUUGCAGCUACUAAUGAAAGAAAUUAUGGACUCAGACAGCAAUGCUCCCACUGGCAUAAAGUUUCAUUUCAUUGAUAUCUAUCUGAAUGAAUUGGCUAAAGUUGGUGCAAAGGAGCUCACAGCAGACCAGAAUCUUAAGUUCAUUGAGCCUUUCUGCAAAAUUGCUGCCAAAUCAAAAGAUCGAUGUAUGCUGCAUGCCAUAGCCACUGGUAUCUUUGAGUUCAUUGUGGAUCAGUCUCCCUACGCCAUUGAGGACCUAAUGAAAGAACUGGGUAGCAACAGUGAUGAGGAGGAUGACUCUGAAGAAGACAAAGAAAAAAAUGAAGAGGUGCCUAAAACCAAAGCAGACAGGGGUUUGUCAAGAAAAUCAGCACAGAACUCUGAAAAAACAGAGGAUGUUUGUGAAAAUGAUGAUGAUGACAAUGAUGGUAUCGGGACUGUUCUUCAGUUUGAUUAUAAGGCUGUUGCUGACAAACUCUUUGAAUUGGCAAGCAAGAAAAAUACACCUUCCCUUAACAGAAAGCGUCUGUACAAGCUGGUCAAAAAGUUCCAGGACUUAUCAGAAGGAAUCUUUCCCCAAGAUAUUCCUGAAGACGUUUCUACGGAUGAAGAUGAUGAUGAAUUUAGCAGGAGAAGGCGAAAGAAAAAAGCUGUCAAGCCCUGGGAGAGAAACAAGUUGGAGGAAGGAAAAGAGGAUGAACAAGAGAUGUCAAGUGAGAAGAAGGCAUCAGUUCCCCAGAAGAAAAGAAAAAAAAGGAAGAAGAGGGACAGCCCAAGUGCUGAUUCUGGAACAGAUGAUGGAAAUUGUGAGGAGGGAAUAGCUGAAACAUCUGGGUCUAAUGAUUUCAGCCAGGGAAAGGUGCCAGAAAAUAACAAGGAAAGGAAGAAAAAGAAAUUGCUAGUAAAUGAGGCAAAUAAGACCACGAAUGUAGCAACUGACACCAGAGAAAAUCACAGCAUCUCUGUACAGCACACUCAGACUGACGCAGAGGAGAGUAAAAAGAGUCGACUGAAGAAAACGAACACCAAAGUGCAAAACGUUCCUGUAAAAGCAGCAUGUCAGAAUGGACCAACUCGUGUCAGUCAGGCAGAGGAUGUCAGCCCAUCCAUCACACCAGUGACUGCUAAGGUUGAGAAAAAGAGACUGAAAGCAGGAGCUGUCCUGGUGAAUAGGGAUAACCUUCUGCAGCAAACCAACAUGAAAUCCAACAAGGAAGGCUUGCUGGGCAUCCUGUCAGGAGAUGCAAACUCUGAAUCCGUGCCCUCCAGAAAGGCAAAAUUGAAGACAAACCUUGUUGGUUUGGAAGGGAUGAAAGUCUCCAGCCAGAAAGCAGCAGCCUUGAAAAAAAAGAGAAAAGUAAAAGAUGCACUAAACUCUGAAGCCAAUGGAGUGCUGGAGACUGCAUGCAAGAAAAGCAGGAAGGGGGAAAGCAGUGUUGCUCUGUCAUCAUUAAAGAAAAAGAAAGCAAAGCCAGGAAAUGAUUUUGUAAAAUUUGAAAAAUCAACUUUACCAAAGCCACUCUUCUUCAGGAAAGCCAGAAGUACCAUCUCCUCCACCAGGCCAUCCAUGCAGCUGAACAAACUGCAGUCAUCCAGCUCCAAAAAAGUCACAUUUGGCUUGAACAAAAACACAACUGCUGAAUUUAAAACGACUGACAAAAGCAUAUUAGUGAGCCCAGAAGGACCCUCCCGUGUGGCUUUCAAUCCUGAACAGAAACCCCGUCAUGGGGUGCUGAAGUCACCCAGAUGUGUCCCAACAGGAGAGCCUCAAAUGAAGAAACGAUUUACUGUAUCAGCUAAGAAGAGAGCAACUGCUGUGGGCUUGUUUUAAAACAACAGAUUGU